AUGAAUUUUGUAAUGGCUACAUUGUAUGUGGGGGAUCUGCACGCCAAUGUGACCGAGCCCAUGCUUGUGCAGAAAUUCAGGCCUGCAGGACCCAUUCACUCCAUCCGGCUCUGCAGGGACAGGAUGACAGGCUCCUCACUCGGCUACGCCUUCAUCAACUUCUACCAUCGAGCCGAUGCUGAGCGAGCACUGGAAAUGCUCAACUUUGAGCUCCUUAUGGGACAGCCCAUGCGCAUAAUGUGGUCUCAGAGGGAUUCAUCGCAGAGGAGCACUGGCAUCGGAAACUUGUUUAUUAAGAAUUUGGACAAGUCAAUUGACAGCAUGGCCCUUUUUGACACUUUUUCCCUCUUUGGAAAGAUCGUAUCGUGCAAGGUUGUUUGUAAUGAGAAAAGACCAGCAGGGUACGGCUAUGUCCAGUUCGAGUCUGCAGAGGUAGCGGAUUUAGUGAAGGAGAGGCUCAACGGCAAACUGCUGAACGGCCGUAAAGUGUGUAUUGAACACUUUAAGUCCCAUGAGGAGCGCAUGGCUGAGAAGAGCAACCAGCAACCUCAAGUCCUCAGCAAGAUCUUCAUCAGAAACCUUGAUGAGGACAUGGACAGCAAGAAGCUGAAACAUAUCUUCAGGAAGUUCGGUCCUGUGUCGAGAGUUCAGGUUAUCUAUAAUAAGAACGGGAAGUCUAGAAGAUUUGGCUUCAUAAAAUUUGUGAAGAAUGAGGAUGCACAGAGGGCUGUGGAUGAAAUGAAUGGGAAAGAGCUGAAUGGCAAGACUCUGUAUGUGGACCAAGCACACAAUAAAGCAGAGCAACAGGCUGAACUCAGGCACAAAUAUGAACAGGUAAAUGGCCACACACGCAUGCACACACACACACACACCACACACACACACACACUCACUUUGCCCUCUCUGCUGUAG